AUGCAUGAGGUUUCCCGGCUAAGGUCAUUUCUUAUUGCUCUUUUGUUGAGCAUACAUCAAUUUGACGUGAUGAAGAAAUUUGAUGUUAAAGCUGAGAAUUCGGUGUUAGGCCCCUUACGUUUACGGACCCACCAAAUGGUUUCAACUAGCAUACCAUUCCCAAUAUACAGAGGACGAGGUUCCGAAAAUACUAGCUAUAUAAUAUAUUUGCUCUCGAAGAUUCUAAUUUUUUCAAGAUUCUCCUCCCAUGCCAGAAAUAACAAGCCCUAUCAUUCAUUACAAGCAAAGGCUGAUCAACCAAGUACUAAGUACGGCACCAAGCUAUCACUAACAGGUUAUAGCAAUCAAAUAUAA